AGAUGUACGCUGAAAUAAGAAUUGCCAAGACGUAGCAAGAUCGUGCUCUUAUGAGAUCCAGGUGCAAUAAUCAAAAUGAACCCAAAGAAAAAUAAAAAUAAAAAUCGGCCUAACAAACCUCCUAAUCCAAGUCCUCCUCAAAAAAUAGAAGAAGUGAUAUCAAUUGAUAAAAAACCAGUGCAGCAAAUAUCUGAAACUGUCGAAAGUGCGACAAAAAUCGAAGAACGUGUGCCUGAAAUAUUAAGUGAAGUUGUACCAUCACAUGAGCUUGAUAGUGGAGAGAAAAAUGACGAAACGCCAAAAAAACCGAAGCGAAAUAGAGGCAAGAAGAAAAAUCAGGAUACAGAUUGUCAAAAAAUAGAUUUGGAAAGCGAUAUUGUGCGACAAGAAGUACUUUUAGAUAUGCCAAAUAUAGCGCCGACCACUCCAAAAAAGAAAAAUAAAGAAAAGGGGAAAGAAGACAAAGAGAUCGAAAAAGUUGACGAUCAAAAAAUUAAAACUAUGGAAGCUAUAUAUUCUGAAACCGCCAUAAAACAAACAAUAGAAGCUUCUAUUAGUGACAAUUUAUCAGAACAAGAUGUAAAACCACCCAAAAAGAAAAAUAAAAAGAAAAAGCAUCGAACCGAGUCAGAAAAAUCCGAAAAAUUGGAAGAGGUUAGUUGCAUAAGUGCAUUUCAAAAGUUGCUGAAAAAUGAAGACAGUGAAAUACUAGGUGAAAAUAUUGACUUACCUAUUUGCAAAGAGAAAAUAACUAAAACUUACAAAAACGAAUUGGAGAAUGUGAUACUGCCAGAAGUAAAUAUUUUAAUAGAAAAGAGCAUAAACGAGGAAAAAAUUGUUGAUUCAUCAAAGCACAUUAUUACAGAUAAUGCUAAAGGAAAAAAGAAAAAUAAGAAAGAUAAAAGUUACUCACAAAACGAAAAUGUCAAGGGUAUAGUAUCAAAUAUAGUUUCUGACACAAAAAUUAAGGGCGACACUGAAAACAUUUUAGAACUUGAAUUAACAGAUGUGAAAAAAGAAGCAUUUAUGACGGAAGAUAAAUCGCAAUCUAAUCUAUCUGAAAACUUAAUUCCAUCAGAGGAAACUUUAAAAUCCAAAGCAAGAAUUGCAAAACCAGUUGAAAGAAAGCGAAAAGGAAAAGAUAGUGAUCAAACUAAAGACGUAUCCUCUAUCCAAGAUGAAGAUCAUCCGGUAACUGAUAGAAAUAAACAUGAUAUAACAGGAAACAUCAAAUGUGAACAAAUUGUAGCAGAGAUUAAAAGUCGUAUCAAAAGCGACGGUGAAUCAAAUAAAAAAGAUGUGUUACAAAAUUCUUGUCAAUCUGAAGAUUUAUCUAUAAUAAAUAUCACGAAAGUGGAUGAAAUUUACAAGGAGAAAAGUGUUGCUUUAGAAUCUGAUUUAGAUUCAGUAAAAAAGAAAAAGAAAUCUCCUAAGCACAAGAAAGAUCUUCAAACAAUUGAAUCAAAGAUCCAAACUAACGUACCACUCAGUGAAAUUGUUGAAAAACAAAUGAAAAAAAAUGUUUCAGAGAUAGAAGUGGUUGCUGGUGAGAAAACGCGUGAAGAAUUAGUCGAACCUAUAUUAGGAACAGAAGUUUUUAAAGAAACAGAAAAAUCAAAGAAGAAGGAAAAUAAAUCACCCAAGUCUACAAAAGAUUCUCAAACUUUAGAUCUUAAAAUACAAACCCAAGAACCAUUGUGUGAAAUAGUUGAGAAACGAGCAGAGAAAUAUAUUCCAGAAAUCGAAGUGAUUACUGAUAAAAGACAGUCUGAAAAAUUUGUAGAAUCUUCAGUAAGAACUGAAGUUUUUGAAACAGUAGCAAUAAAUGUGGCAGAAAAACCUAAAAAGAAGGAAAAGAAAUCACCUAAGCCUAAAAAUGAUCCUCAAAAAGUUGAUUUUGAAAUCCAAACACCAUUGAGUGAAGCAUGUUUAAUAGAAAAGGUUCCAGAAAAGAAAGUGAUUGAUUUUGAAUCAAAAUCCGAAGAAUCUGUAGAAUUUACAGGAAGAACGGAAAUUUUUGAAGUAGCGGCAACACAAAUGAUGGAAAAAUCAAAAAAGAAAGAAAAAAAAUCAUCUCAAUCAAAAGAGGAUCCACAAAUAAUUGAUUUUGAAAUUCAAACACAAGCACAGUUGAGUGAAAUGAUUGAAACACGUUUGAUAAAGAAGGUUCCAGAAAAAGAAAAGUCUGAAGAAUUUGUAGAAUCUACUGGGCAAACGGAAGUUUUUGAAGAAGUGGCAACAAAAGUAGAAGAAAAAUCGAAAAAGAAAGGAAAGAAAUCACCUAAGCCCAAAAAUGAUUAUCAAAUAACUGAAUUUGAUAUUCAAACCCAAACACCGUUAAGUGAAAUAGUUGAAACACAAAUGGAAUCAAAUAUUUCAGAAAUGGAAGUGAUUGAUGAUGAAAAAAUGUCCGAAGAAUUUGUAGAGCCGAUAGUAAAAACUGAAGAUUUUGAUAAAGAGGCAACGAAGGUAGCGGAAAAACCAAAGAAGAAGGAAAAAAAGUCACCCAAGU